UUUUUGACAUCCGCUAACCAGAAGGAAAACAUUACGUGGCCGAAGGAGAGACAACGAACCCGAUUAUAUCGCGUUGUCACAAGCAAGAGUUUCGACCAGAGCAGCAUGGAGGGAUGGUAACACUUAUUCUCCCCAUCUGUAAUAUCCCUUUUUUGAAAGAGAGCACCUUAAGAUGACGCGACUGAAGGCAUGGUGGGUGGUCCUCCUGGUGACCCUUGCUUGUGUAGUGCUGGUGUCCGCAGAAACAACACCAACAACGCUAAUCAGUGCUGAUGACCAGGAACAGGUUGAAGUCGAAAAGAACCCAGAAUCGACAGAGACACUAAACGAAGAAGGAGAUGGUGCCAGCAGAGAAGAGGGUGCGGAGGAGAAGGACGGAGAGACCACAGAUGACAAGGAACCCAAAAAGCCAUUGACGCCAAAGGAAAUCAGAGCGAACGAGUUGUACGAUGCGGCCAUGGCCAUCUUGAACCAGACGAAGCAGGAUGAGAAGCAUGCCUACACAUUCUUGCAGUCGGCAGCAGAGUUGGGGCACACAGAGGCUCUGCAGAAGGUGGCCUGGGCACGCCUGCUGGGGAAACACCUCAAGCAGAACAUCACGCAAGCCGUAGAAAUCUUUGAGAGCUUAGCCAUGCAAGGCAAUGCUGAUGCUCAAAUGGGAUUGGGCUUCAUGUAUGCCACAGGAAUUGGGAAAAAUUCAAGCCAGGCAAAAGCACUUGUGUAUUACACAUUUGGUGCGCUGGGUGGCAGCCAAUGGGCACAGAUGGCCUUGGCCUACAGAUACUGGUCAGGCAUUAGUGUAGCUUCAAACUGCGAGACAGCCCUUACCUAUUACAGGAAGGUUUCACAUACAGUUACUAAGGACUCAAUAAGUAGUCCUACCUAA